GUUUAGUUGUCAAAAAGUGUUCGACUGUGUUGAAUGUGUUAGAUUUUUUAAAUUAUUAAAAUACGUGACCCCAAAAAAAAAUGUAUAUUUAUGAAUUACCUUACGAUAUAAAUAAGGAACUGUGUCGAUUGUUAGACAACGAUGAAGACUGGAAAGAGCUAGCGGGCCAUAUGAAAUAUUCAGCGUUCGAUGUUAACGAAAUACAACAGAUAGCCAGACGUCAAGAAACAUCACCGACAGGGCAGCUACUCACGCAGUGGUCUCAACUAAACCAUAAAGUAGAAGAACUGUUCAUGUUGCUAUACCACAUGAAACACAUAACUGCUCUGAGAUGCCUGACCCCCGUGGUGGACAAGCCGUUCCACAGGCUGCUACAGAAACAUGACAGCAAGACUGUGAAGGACAAGCAUCCCCUAUCCUAUGAGGGUAAUUUGAAUAAGCAGAAGACGCAAAAAGUUCACGGCAGUGAUUCAUCGGGCAUACCGUUACCUGUCAUGCUUUUUGAAGAGAGGAGACAUGUUCCAGUCCGCAGUGAGGCGGCGGUGACCACGCACACAGACACGUCUAUAACGGAUAGCAGUAAGAACACAUCAUCGACGCAAGGCAAGCCCGACAUACUGGACGACGAGUUCCUGCGGCAGGUGUCCGCCAUCCCGAUGCUCAAGUACGAAGACCUGAAGGAAGCGACGAACAAUUGGAGUGAAAGCAACCUGUUGGGCAGGGGCGGGUUUGGCCAAGUGUUCAAAGGAGAAUGGAAGCUGUCGCUGGUGGCGGUGAAGAAGUUGAGCAGCAACGACGCCAAGAACAAGGAGUUGAUCCGCGAGAUGUGCCUCAACCAGUACCGGCACGACAACAUCCUGCCACUCUACGGGUACAGUCUUGGAGGUCCGGAAGCGUGCCUGGUGUACCAGUUCAUGGCGGGCGGCUCCCUGGAGCAGAGACUGCGCCACCGGUCUGCGCACCCCCCUCUGUCGUGGUCACAGCGGUACAGGAUAGCGCACGGCGUCGCCAGAGGUCUCCAGUUCCUGCACACCAUGGCCGGCACGCCCCUCAUCCACGGCGACAUCAAGCCCGCCAACAUCCUGCUGGACCAGUGCGUCAUGCCCAAGAUCGGGGACUUCGGCCUCGCCAGGAAAGGGCCCUACGGAGACGACCGGACGCAUUUGAAAGUGUCCAGAGUGCACGGCACGCGGCCGUACCUGCCCGACGAGUACCUGCGCUCGCGCGUGCUGUCGCCGGCCGUCGACGUGUUCAGCUUCGGCGUGCUGCUGCUGGAGAUGGCCACGGCGCUGCCCGCCGCCGACCGCGCGCGCGCCGCCAUGCUGCUCAGCGACCACGCGCACCAGCUGGCCAGGGACGGGGUCGACUACGCGACGCUGGAAGACCGCAGCCUGGCCGCGAUCCAGGACUCGAGCCCGCAGAUGUGCCGCGAGUUCGUGCGCGCCGGGCUGCUGUGCACGGAGCGCGCGCGCCGCCUGCGCCCCGCCAUGAGCGACGUGUACCGGCGGCUCGACGCGCUGCAGCUGCCGGGGAAACACGUCGCCUAGCCAUGUCAUAUUGAAUUUAUAUAUGUUGAAAGUGACAUUAUUCAUUUGUGACUACGAUGCCCGCAACUUUGUACGUGUAAAAUUAUUUAUUUUACAAAAUUAUCGCGGAAAUCGUGGAUUUUUCCGGGAUAAAAAAAGAAAAAAGUAUGUUACACAACUAUAAGCACUAGUUAUUUUGAAACCACAGAGGUAGUUAUCUUCAAUUGCAACAGAUAAACAAUUUUAUUUUUAUAUUGAUGUGCUAAAUUCGUUUUUAUUCACUAGCGUGGAAAGUGAUUUGGAUUUCUAAUGUAAAACUGUGUAAAUUGAUUUUUCUUGUGUAGUGAUACAAAGUUGUGUGUUAAUCACAAAUAAAAUUGAAUUCCUCGAUAGGUUUUAUCUAAAGCUGGUUUGGAAGUCUUUGGCGAAGACAUAUCCAGCAAAGCGUAUGAAUUAUUAUUGCCUUAUAAAUCAAACGAAUUUAAUAUUUUUGAGAUUAUAUUCCAUAAAUUAAGUUUUUAAUUAAUAAUUAUAUUACGUGGAGAAAGAUUUUUAUUAUAGGUACUUAAUAAUGUGUAAGUAUUUUGCUUAUUUAUUUAAAAUUAUUUUUAAGACGAAUCUAUAAUAUAUUUUAGACGAGUAUUUAGCAAACUAUACUACGACUAUUUGAAACACUUUUGAAUGCAUUUUAAUCUAAAUAGACAUUAUACAUACUUAUAAAAUAUAUAUGAACUGUCUUUUUGUAGUGACUCUGUAACCUACUUUCGGAAGUUUGUAAGUUUUGGAUGUAGCGGUAAGGUUCUAUACACCUUACCUACACCUUAUUUGCAUGAGGAUUUUAAGGAAUCUAUUAAUAAGCUCCCAAUCGAAUUGUUUUCUUUUUUCGGCCACGGAGGCCUUAUAGUACAAUAGACUUUUCACCAUGUAGCCAAAAUUGGAAUUAACCUUCGAACGAAAGGCUGUCGCACUUUUAGUGCAAACCUUUGCACUAAAAGUGCGACAACAGCGGCACCUUCAAUGGGCUAAAUAAGUUUGUGGUACUUUAUAAAUUAGAACCUCAGAGCAAUUGCACCUUAGGACCAGUAUCGCACUCAAAUUCACCAACAAAAUUGUCUGUCGUUUUUUGAGGCGGGCAAGGUAAACUCGCACAUCGAAAAUAUUUAACACCAUUAAAUAUAAUAUGCUGUGUCUUUACACAACUAUAAAUUUAAAUCGUUAUACACACACGUGUAAUUUUUACACAGUGAAACAUCGAUUAUAUAGAUGCAAUUUGUAUGAAGUCGUUAGAUCGUGAUCAUAUACUUUUGACAGACGUGUAGCGAGGCAGGUCCUCAGGUAAUUGGUCUGAGAUUAGAAUUAAAACUAUGCCUUACUAUUAUCUGUGAGUAUUCGUAGUGAUGUUUUUUGUAAAUACACGAUUGUAUAGGCCAGUAGUUGUAUAAAGUUUUAUCUCAUGUUAUCGAUUGAAUAUCUCUAUUUUUAUAAUGAAAUAUAAUUCGAUGGUAAUCUAUUGUCA